GCUCAUGUGCUUACCGACGGCCUGGCGGGAGGUGAGAGUCGUAUGAUUGGGAUCGUUGGGCUGCACCAGAAGUCGGUCCGAGAACGUGAUUUUCCCACGAGCAUUUUGGAGAAAGGCUUAGAGGUGAAGAUUGAAGAUGCAAGUGCCACUGAGCAGACAGAUAAAGUGAGGAUCCUCAACAGCAUCGCUUUUCCUCGUUUGGAGACUCAAGAGCUAGAAGAUUCGCAGUCAAACCCCUUAGCGCAUCCAAACUACGAGCGUGUAGAUAAAGCUCUUGCUUCACAUUUUGCUUUGGCAAGUUGGCAUGGCUUCGUUUGGGAAGGGAAACAAACAGAAGCCCUUGCAAGGGCUUUGCGGUUGGAUGAUGGUCGAAAGGUGGUGCAACUUUCCUUCACCGGCUGCCAGCAUUUCUCGGACAAUGAGCUUAAACGUCUCCUGGAGAACCUCCCUGGUGAUCUGAGAGUCUUACGUUUGGAUUUAGGCUUUUCUGGCCUGAAGAGUUGGGAUUUUGUGAAGAUAGAUCGUUUGCCAUUCGUAAAAUCACUGGAUCAACUGGAGUUGCGCUUCACCGGCUCAUCAUCAUUUCGAAGUGCAGCAGGCCUUGCAGACUUGCUGCGGAAGAUGGAGAACCUCAUGGACCUGGAACUCUGGUUCAUGAACUUACCGAAAUUGGAGGAGCUGGGAUCCUUGAACGCAGCCUUUCUCUCCUUGAGGAACCUGGAGAGUUUGGUUUUUGAUCUCAGUGGAUGCGGCCAAGUCUUACUGGAAGUCAGGACAGAGCUGCAGCAAAGCAUCAGGUCUUUGAAAUGGCUGAGAGGUAGCAGCUUGGAUCUCUGGAUAAACAUUGAAGGCUUACCAAGUCGCCGGUGUGGGCUUCGAUUUUGUCCGAGGAGCUUCCAGUGGCUCUACUUCUGGUGCUCAUGUGUCUUUCGGUGGCUACAACAAGUUAGUGUCAGGUUGACUCGGCUUCCCUUCACUCGAGUCACGCCGCAGCUGCGGCGCAGUUUCGAAGCCACCAGAUUUGGUAGGGCUUACACCAGUGAAGCUGAAGAGACAGAAGAUACCGAGACUGAGUUGCGCAGUGUUGGAGAACAGCGAAUGGACAUACUGGAUGAAACUCGACCCUUCCCUUGUAGCCAUUUGACAUGCACCUCCUUUCAUGCUGAGCUGCACGGUUAUUGUGAGAGACACCGCUGGUUAGGCCUUGCCAAGAGGAUAUUUGUUCAAUUGAACACUGGGCGCCAGUAUAUAGAGCUCAGUUUGCUCAUCCUCACGCAAGCUGCAGCCGAGGUAGAAAGCAAACAUUUGCUGCUGCUGAUUAUCAUCAGCUUGUUGCCAGCUGCCUGUUUUAGCAUGUCACACUCCACAGGAGGACCUGGAACCGUCGCCUUUUUGCUCAUCGUCUUCCUCACUUUGGGCAGCGUUGCCUACACAGCAGCUCGGCUCCAGUGGAUGCAUGAUUUGUCAAAGGAACUGCACGUCCAGGUCGAGUCAAAGUAUGCGAAGCAUUUGCAGAUCGACAUGUCCAGACUCUUUGGUGGAAAAGAUGGUGACAUCGACAUAGUCCAGCCACGCAUCAGUAGCCUCACAGAACAUUUCAUCGAAGCAAGAGUCCAAUUGGACAAAUUCAAUAGAGACAUAUGCCUGCCACUGCAAGAGUUCCUCCAAACACGUGAUUUUACAUCACGCCCUAAUAUGCGCCCUGCUUUGAAGUUGUUAGCGCCAGCGCAAGAGGAUGUUUUGCUCCAAGGCAGUGCCAGUCAUAUUUUGGAUCUUUUGUAUUGCGAUGUGACGUUUUCAUGUUGGCACGGCAUGAUCGAGGCUUGGGAUUUCCUGAAGAGAAGAAUAGAGUCCGGUGAGCUGAACAUUGAGAUCGUGCAUGUUCGUGACUAUUUCGCAGCUGCUGAGACCGGUCGCAGGUGUGCUGAGAUGAUAUUGAACAUCAAUGGCUAUCUAGCGACUGUCCGUUUUCUGGACGAACGCUUGACCCAAGUCGAAAAUCAGUUAGACAAUGUGCACCGCUUGGCAAAGCAGUUGGGGCUUGCGACCCAUUUGACUGAGCCGUUGCUUGUUUCGCGACCUAAGCUACGUGCACAUCAUGUGUCAAGGCAGUCGACUCAGUGGUUUCGACCCUUGAGGGUGGCUGUUUUGAUCCUUCAGGCAGUCUCUUCGCUCGCUGCCAUGUACCUUGCCCUGCAAUAUUUCAUGCGAUACAGUCCACCUUUUGUCCGUUCCAACCUGCCAAAGCUCAUCAAUGACGCCUUUGCUCUAGAAACGGUCGACUCACAUCGGCCCCGUGCGCAAAUCAGAUCCUCAGGGUGCUGGAGGUCUGAGAGAAGCGGAAGUGAUUCUGACUCAGGUUGGUUCGAGAACAGCCUAUUGCUGUUACCUUCCAUGCUGUUUUCUUUGCCUUACCUAGCCUUGACGAUUGUCCUUUUGAGCGACUUGUGCCGUUCACAGAGGCAGAAGAGGAAAGCCAAGCCCAUUCAGUUGCUCUAUGAGAAGUACUGUGGUAUCCAAGGGACAUUCUUUCCCUUCAAAGUGGCUACCUUGCAGUUUUUCACUGUGAUGCUGCAAGCACUUGGCAAGUUACAGAUCAUGGGUGGUAUUGUGUCCCUUUCAUUUCAUUCAUCCGGCAAGCAUCACGUAGCUCCAUUCCAACGAUGCUUCUGGGCUUUCGUCGGCUUCCUUUUCUUGAACAGCAUUUAUCCCACAGUUCUGUUUGUUUUCCCUUCUGAAAACUGGGCGCGUGUGGGCGCUGCCGUGCUGGAUGCCGUUUUUGAUGUUGCCUACUCCGGCACAUACCUCAUCAUGACUGUGCUGGCCACGUAUGAGCUAGGGCUGGACCAAGACAUCUCAGGGAAUUUUGGAGACCAAGCCGCGGUGAACUUCAGAGCUACAUUGGAUCCAUCGUUUGCUUUCCCUACAGAUUUCUUUGGUUUUUUUGCCGUUUUCUACUCGCUUGCGCAUGUGUGCACCGUGUGUCGUGCUGUGGAACGCCAUCGUCCACAACCUCAACAAGAUCCACGACACCCACGAAGCUCCACUCCCCAGUCCUGGAGACCGACAACCAGAAGAUGCUGCAAAGUACUGUAUUCUCCAGUCUUGCUGGUUGCAAUUCUGUGGUUGUUGCUUACAGCAGAUGCGUACCCGAGACCCUCUGGAUGCUUCCCAUGUCACUGCAUCCAAUUGCCCACUGGCUUGAAGAAGCUCACAAGUUGCAGCCUUGCUGGCGUUCUGCACUUCGAAGAUGUGAGUUUGAGCAAUCAAAACAUUUCCAGUGUCGCGCCGGAUGCUUUCAAUUUCAGAAGGUCAAGCGGCAUACAGCGGUUGUCACUCUCGGGGAAUCCCUUCCAAGUUUUGCCCAAGAAGAUGUUCGAGCCGUUGAAUGGCUUGCAACUCCUGGAUUUGGGCAGCUUGGGACUGGAACAUGUGGAGUCCGAGACUUUUGUUGGUUUAAAAAACCUAAGGAUUUUGU